AUGGUGAACCUAGAAAGUGGGGUGCAGCCGGUGGAUGAGGCCAGAGGCUGCAGUCCUAGAGAACUCUUUGUUGGAGAACAAGUUCCUGAAAUGCCCCGCCUGGGCCGGAAAACAGUCACAUCUGCUUCCACCUCAACUCAGCACACACUGGCAAAGCGCCUACCAAGCCAGCAGGCCAGUGAAACUUCCUCGGUGGACUACAGUAUCCUUAAAAGGGUCCAGCUACAGCAACAAUGUAAGAAGUUGGGUCUUCGUGCCACAGGGAAGAAUGCUGAACUUGUGGAAAGGCUGAAAACCUACCAUGAAAAACCUCAGCAAAAAAAGGCAGGUGGUUCUGGUGCAAAGGAAGACGUUAACAGAAAUGAAGAGUGUCAGCGCAACCCCACGGCCCCUCCAACAGUGUCUGACCAGGGUGUGACCAAGGAUAUAAAAACUGAGCCAUCUGAAGAGAAAACAGAUCUGGUCCAGGGUUGGUGCGUGGUCCAUGGCAUGGUGCUGUACCGCCCCCGAUCCAGCUGGGCGUCUCUGCAGCUCCGAGGAGGCUUGGUUUGUGUCCAGGAUGGGAAGGACGUGGUCCCCUUUCAUCUGCCUCCACUAAACCUCUCUGUUCCCAAGGGCUUCGCAGACAACUAUGUUUGCCUAGACUGUGUACUCAGGAACAGAGAGAAGCCAAAGCAAUGUCUUACAUGCCAGCAAGUACAAGGGAAAGGAAGCAGGGCUAGCUUAGCCAAGAAUGUCUUCAAGAGCUUCAUCCCUCUUCAGAAUGGUGCUUCUCAGACAUCACUUCUACCUUCUGGUACCGCUAAAUCCAAAAGACGGACCACAGAGAUUAGGAAAUUGUACCAGCCCCAAGAAGACCAGGCUUAUGCCCAGCGGGUAGAUGGGAUUCUUUCCCAGAUGGCCCGUGGAGAGCUUGGAAUGGACCGAGCUUUGUGUCCCCUCCAGCCCCUGGUUUUCCAUUCCCCAGCUCCUUUUGACAGAUGCGGCAUGUGACAAUAAGGCUGAAAAGGAAAAAAUCAAGAGAAACAGUUUUCCAUCUUUUCAAA